GACGAAUAAGAGAUGGAACUGGUACUUGUGCUCCUCCUGGUUGUUACAACUGUGUUUGGGUGUGGCGUCCCCAGCUACCAGCCCAACACCAGCCGCGUGGUGAACGGGGAAGAAGCCCGUCCGUACAGUUGGCCAUGGCAAGUUUCUUUGGAGUCUUUCUUCCCAACCUGUGGAGGAACGCUUAUUGCCCCUAACUGGGUCUUGACUGCUGCACACUGCAUCACAUUCCACACCUACAGGGUUGUUCUUGCUGAGCAUGACAUGAACAAGGAGGAGGGACCUGAACAGUCUAUUAUGGUGUCAAAAAUGUUCAUCCAUCCCAAAUGGAACGACAACUGUGUGUCUUGUGGUAAUGACAUUGCUCUGCUGAAGUUGGAGAAAAGUGCUGUCAUCAAUGACAAGGUUCAGCCGGCUUGCCUGCCACAGCAAGAUGCCACUCUCACCCACAGCCAGCCCUGCUACGUCACAGGCUGGGGUCGUCUCUACUCUGGUGGUCCUCGGGCAACUACACUCCAGCAGGCUCUACUUCCUGUGGUGGAUCACUCUAUCUGUAGUCGAAGCGACUGGUGGGGCAGCUCAGCAAAGACAACAAUGGUCUGUGCCGGAGGAGAGAGCAAGUCAGCGUGCCACGGGGACUCUGGAGGCCCUCUGAACUGCGAGGGCAGAGAUGGUAAGUGGUACGUGCAAGGAGUGACCAGUUUUGUGGACGGACGGGGCUGUAACACCCCUCAGAAACCUACAAUGUUCACCCGUGUGGCCACUUUCAUCCCCUGGAUCAGUGAGACCAUGGCCCAAAACUGAACAAGUUUUUGUAACUGAAGAAGUGACCGGACAAUAAACUGUAUGAUGACAUAA